AUGCCCUGUCCUGUCCUUUCCUGUCCUGUCCUUUCCUGUCCUGUCCUGUCCUGUCCUGUCUUGUCCUGUCCUGGCCAUUCGGGUCACCAGAGCUUUGCCUGUGUAUCGCUGAAGGACCUCAUGAUUGUCAGUCUGGGUGAGCUGGGAGCCCUGUUUGUGGUACACUCGAGCGCAGUAGUGGAUAUGCAAACGAAGUUCGGUACAUGUGCGACGACGCUUGGUGAAUCGCUUCUUAUCGUCAACGUCACAUCCAACUUAGCACAGCCAUUGCACACAUUCGUUCGGCAUGACACACACAUGAGCAGUCGAUGGCAUAGCUCUAUUGUCGGAGUGUUAAAACACUUUACAGAACAGCUGACAGCUGCAGUCGAGGUAUCUCAGGAGAAACGGGGGUGUGAAUGUGGCACCUGUGACAGGGCCGUGCACCCCGGAGACAUCUGUGACAGCGCAACCGUAGACACCUUCGCGGGCGAAGGCUCUACCGUAACUAUAACGUACCCACACACCAUUAACCUGUCUACGCUGUAUGGGUUUAUACUGGACUAUCCGUGUCUCUACUGGUACGAUCAUGUACUAUCCACUGCCAAUUGCCUAUCCAUGACUCCCCUGCGCCUGUACGACUGUGAGUUCUCUGCACCCAGCCCCUCAGAAACGGGUCCGGGUGCUUGGUUCCGAACUGCUCCGUACCGGUUUACAUCCUUCAGCAUACCGGGAUGCAUAGCCGAUAGUCUGGCGGAGACUUGGGAGGAGCGUAUGGGUCAUUGGACUACUCAGCUUCAGACAUCUCAGAACAAACGCCCAGCUGAGAGAGUCUUGCCCAGAGUACCAUAUGAACCCAAGCCCGAUUGGUUUUAG